UAUGGGCAUGUGGCAGCAGUGUGUUGGAGGGAGGUUCCUAGGUGUGAGAAGUGUGCAGAAGGGCAUGAGACAAAGGUUUGUGUAGCACUAGGGAAAAUAAGCGCUAUCUGUUAAUUGUAGGGGUGCCCAUGGGGCUGGGGAUCAGAAAUGUCCACUGACAGAGAGGCAGGUUGAGGUUACCAGGGUUAGAGUAGUGCAGAAGAAGUCAUAUGCUGAGGCACUGAAGAAAGUAGAGGAAGAUGGGUCAAUGGUGGAAGAAUCCUGAGAGGAAUGGUGUGAGUGGUAGAUCUGGACCAGUACAGCGGGAUAAGCCAACAAGUGAUACUGUAUAUGCUUCAGUAAGAUUAGAUUUUUUGUGUUUAUAGCAAUGGUUAUUAACUGAACUGUAGGGAUGGAAUGUAAGUCACAGAACAUUUUGGUUGUGGUGGCAGUAUUGGAUAUUUUUCAUUAGACCAUACAGAGCCAUGGUACCGAGUGGUACACAAGGUCAGACCAUAGGUUAAACAUAGUAAAUCUUUCUAGACUAUAAAGACUGAAACAUAGUUAAUUAUAAAGACAAGCAGUACGACUAAGUGGAUACGGAGUGUGGUACCGUGUGGUACACAGGGAGGGAGUCUGAGCCAGAGUCAGGACAUGGUUCUUGAUUGAUUAUACUGUUAUGUAUGAGGCAAUGCAUUAGGAAUGUCUUAAAUGUAUAUGGUUGAGAAUGGGUUAUGGAUCUGCCAUGUUUAAACCAUAUUUAAGUAUCGAUUGAUAUGUUUUGGAAUAAACAGAGCAGAGCCAGGAGAUGGCUCUGUUAUUUUUUACAUGAGAAAGCUUGGUUUGGCCACUAUUGUUUUCAAACUGAAUAUAUAUAUAUAGGAGUAGAAGUCAGAUUUCACCACUAUCAUAAAUAAAGAGAGUGGGCUGAGCAGUCAAAAUAUGAAAGUUUGGAAACAAUAGUGGAGAAACUGGAACUGGGAGGUUUUAAGCUAAAGAGUAUGUAAAACGAGCAGGAAUGGAAAUUGUAUAUAAACUGAGGGCCGAGUGUUGGGAAUUUAGUUGCUCUGCAGAUCAGCUCGGCUUUUGUUGCGUUGUGUAAUAAAGUAUAUCUUGAUUCUACAAAAACUCUGGAAGAACUUUGAUUUUGAAUAAGUAUAGUGAUAACAUUUCUACAACAUAAUUGGCGACCACGAACAGGGACUGGAAACAGAGACCACAGGGGUACUGCGCCAUCGGAGAGAGGCUGGACGAGUCACACACAAAAAUACAGUGGCCACUGUUAAUAGAGGCAGCAGAAGAGCCCGGAUGACGACGGUGACGUUUCCAUUAUCGAUGAAGGUGAGCGCCAUAGAGAGUAUUCUAUGAUUUAUCAUAAUGGCGCUGUUGCCACGGCCGACGACCCAACUGCCAUCACCACCAUCCAGUCUGCAGCUACCUUCUUGUCUGAUCAGCCAAUCAAGUACCUGUUCAAGACAGAGGGAGGCGGGUUGCCGGUAGGGGAGUUGUACCCUCCCUCAGGGCAGGUGACGUACCGGGUGAUCCAGGUGUCUGAUGGACAGGUGGAUGGACAGACAGACGGAGCCUCUGCUGUCAGCGUGGUGACAGGCUUCCCCGCAACGACACAGGCUGUCACACAGGCGGUGUUUUCCCAGUCUGAGGGACUGGAGGGGGAAGCCUCAGAGACUCACUACUACUACCCUGUCACUGACGCCACACAGACUACCAUGGUGGAGACCGUACAAGCUCCAGAAACACUGCUCACUCAGAGCACACCCACCGGUCAGCUGUAUGUGAUGAUGUCACCGCAGGACGUGUUGGGCGGAGCAAACCAGAGCAAGUCAGAACCUCCUCGUACGUCUAGAGAUGACAAGAGACGAGCCCAACACAAUGAAGUUGAGCGCCGACGCAGAGAUAAGAUAAACAACUGGAUCGUCCAGCUGUCCAAAACCAUCCCAGACUGCACCCUGGAUGCUACGAAGAAUGGGCAGGUGAGUUCCCAGGCCCAUUUUUACCACAUCCUUGCCAGCAUAAGCCUUUUGUACCUCCCACACGCAUGCCGAGUAAAGGAGGGAUCCUGUCCAAGGCUUGUGACUACAUCCAGGAGCUGCGUCAGAGCAACGCCAGACUGGGGGAGGACCUGGAGAAUCUGGAGAGACUACGCAUGGACAACCAGCUGCUCAGACAGGAGGUUGAUGAUUGGAAAACCAAGAACCAGAUGAUGAGAAGCCAGCUGAGACAGAACGGCAUUGUGGGAGCAGCAGGUGUAGAUCCACAAUGAGGGAGAAGGGACAAAGGUGCUGGUACGAGGGCUCUGUUUGAAUUGUCAGAAUAUGCACCCUCCUUUCCCUACUUGAGGUAGUAACUGGUCUGUAUGUGAUUGGAAAGGUGAAACGUAGGGUCCCAAUGACACCAACCCAGUCAUCUUAUAUCUGUAAUUUCAUCUAGGAAGGAUGUAUUUGGAAAGCAUUCGAACAAGGCCUAGGAUGUGGUUGGAAUACGAUGACAUUGAUCAGUGGAGGCUGUUGGAUGCAGAGGAUUGAUUCCAACAAAUCUGGACUGCAAUCUUUUUGGAUCUCCUCCGUGAUGUUUUCUCUCUUGACAUUUUUAUGGACUCCCCAUGAUCAUGGACAUUCAUCCUACCUGGAAAAACACUUAAGCUACACAACAUAACACUCAUGCCUGUGUUCUUAUUCCCCUUGGAAAUAAAAGGUAUUUUGUGAUCCCUCAAAACAACUUGCCCAUAUAUGGGUAUUUGUACACUCUUGCCACACAUUAUUUGGGAGAAAAAAUUUGAUGCCUUUUAUGUUUGAAAUAAAAUAUUUUAGGGAAAGGCUUAUUCAAAUGCUAGACUGAACCGAACACCAUGUCUGUUGGUUGACUGUUUCACUACCAGCUGACUGACACUGGUGUUCUACCUCAGUUUGUAUCAGUCACUGAGCAAAUAAUGAAUUUGAUGGUGCUUUGUGUAUCCUUAGUUUUACUUUUGAUCCCAUGCCUUUCCUUUUCCAAAAUUUGGACUAACCUAUUUCUGACGUUAAUAUCACCUUCAGCCUCUAAUAUUAUUUUGUUAUAGGUUGAUUUGUUGUAAUUUCUAUUAAAUUCGUCUAAAAGAGA